AGAAGCCGAAGCCCCUCGGUUUUAGUGUUACGUCAGAAUGUUUGUUGUGAUCUGCAGUCAGUUGAGGGACCAUCUGUGGCGCUGGCAAAGUAAAGAGGGUGAUGAUCGUGAUGACAUCUUCGUGCUCUAAAUUAAAUAACUGUUGUUGAAGUGAGAAAAUUGAAACGCAUCAAAGAACUCAACAUGGUGAACCAGGUCUGAUUGGGACGUGAAUUAAUGAAACUAGCAAGAUUGAAGAUAGCUAGCUAAUGUAAUGUAAACUAGCCAGAGAGAACUAGCUAGUUGGAUAGCUGCCGUUAACGUUAGUUAGCUGACAGCACUUGAUGUUGUAGCUAGCUCAUCAGCUAAAAUCGGAAUUGAAAAUGCUUGACAGGUAUUGACAUGAUCGAUAUAAUGAAGGACUACACUCCAUCUUGUAAUCCAAGGAUUUGACUGGGGAUGAGAGACAUAACCAUGGAAACGCCUGAGUUACCUCUUGAGAUCAUCACCUACAUCCUAAGUUUCCUCAAAGCAUCAGACAGGAAGGAAGCCUCUCUGGUCUGCUGGAGCUGGUAUGAUGCGAGCCAAGACCUCCAAUUUCAGAGGAAUCUCACCUUCAAGUUCCCAGCCUCCAUCUCCUCCCUGGAUCUGAUCCGGGGGCUGAGUAGGCGUUCCCGCUGCAGCCUGGUUAUAAGCCACCUGGAUGGCUCCAGUAUGUCCCGGGCUGUGCUGCAGGGGAUAGGGCUCCAUCUGGGCCCUCGGCUGGAGAGCCUGGCCCUGCCAGGGAGCAGCGUGACCGAGUCUUCCCUCCUGGCCCUGCUGCCCCACCUGACCGCCCUGCGCAGACUUGACCUCCAUGGCCUGGACAGCCUCUUCAUGUCUGGAGCCUUUCUGUCCAGAGAAGAACACCGCCAGCAGGUGCGGGUAGCUUUAGCAGGUCUUGAGGAGCUGGAUCUCUCUGACCUGCGCUAUCUAUCAGACCUCACCUUCAACCGUCUCACAGGCUGCACUCUCAGACUUCGCCGUCUCUCCCUGGCCGGCUGCCACAUCGCUUUUGAAUUUGACCCGUACCGUGGCUGCCCCGUGGGGCCUGACUCCUCUGCCCUACUCUCCCUACGGAACCUCCGCAGGCUGCUGCAGGAGCAGGCCUCCACCGUGCGGGGGCUGGACCUGAGCAGAACCAGCAUCACCCCAGAGUCACUGCGCUCCGUGGCCCAGGUAGGAGGCCUGUCUCUGGAGGAGCUGCGUCUGCGGGGCUGCAAGGAGCUGACAGACUACUCUGUGGAGGUGCUCUGCAAGCACCAGCCUGGCCUCCGGACCCUGGACCUCAGCGCCUGCACAGAGCUCACCAGCCGGGCUGUACUGGCUGUGGCCCUGGGCCUGAAGGGCCUCCGGCUCCUCUCUCUGUCCCGGGACUGGAGGGUGACGGAUAAAGGACUGGCUGACCUGAUGACGCUGCCAGAGCUGAGGACCCUGGAUCUGUCUGAGUGCCUGCAUGUCAGUGGGGCCGAGAUAGUGAAAGGGCUCUCUGCCCCGGAGCCCAGGGCACGGCUGGAGACCCUCAGCCUCAAGAGCUGCACCUAUAUCAGGGACCUGGCUGUGUUCUCUCUGGCUCGGCUGCUGGGCUCCAGUUUGCGGGAGCUGGACCUCACCUCCUGCGUCUACCUCACAGACCUGAGCGUGCGUGCUAUCGCCACCUACCUGCCCGGGCUGGUGGUGCUGCGAUUGGGCUGGUGCAAGGAGAUCACAGACUGGGGGCUGCUGGGCAUGGUGGAGCCCACCAAGGAGUGUGAGCCCAGCAAGGAAAUGGAGCACAAGGGGCCCAGCUUCACCUGUACUUUUGGGAACAUGGGUUUCUUCCGGCCUCCCAGCAAGCCCUUGCAGGAGAAGCCCCGGCUGGUGACGGACGAGGACCUGGGGGUGUUCAAGGAACAGGAGGGGGCCUCACUUCUGGCCCUCAGGAGCCUCCAGGAGCUCGACCUGUCUGCCUGCUCCAAACUCACUGACAGUAGCAUCACACAGGUGCUGCGUUAUCCAGACCUCCAGCGCCUCUCUCUCUCCAUGCUGCCUGAGAUCAGUGAUGACAGCCUGGCGUCGGUGGCCUACCACUGCCGCAGCCUCACCAGCCUGGCACUCAGCCACUGCCCCCAGAUCAGUGACCAGGGUAUCGCCCGCGCCGUCCCCUACCUCGCCAGGCUGCAGCACCUCUACCUGUCCUGCUGCGACACAGUCACAGAUAGGUCUCUCUCCAUGCUCGUCCAACACUGUAAGAGACUGCGGACGCUGGACAUCUCCAUGUGUAAAAACAUCUCCAUAACAACGGUGGACCUCCUCCAAUCACAGCUGCCCUUCCUAGAGAAUGUCCACUGCCGCUUUGUGGGCGGAGCUGACCUGACCCUCACACUCUGAUAGGGUUCUGACUAGGUGGAAUACAGCUACGACUAGAAGUGACUUUGUCGUAGCAGGUUAGGAGAACUUAUGCACCAGGUUAGGAUAAUUAAUGGAUUAGGUUAGGAGAAUGAGGUUAAGGUUAGGAAAAGGGUUAGGGUUAGCUAAAAUGUUCUCCUAACCUGCUACAAAAAGUAACUUCUGGUCGUAGCUGUACUCCAUUUAGUCACAACCGUCUGAUAGGUUGAAUGUCCCCCAAAAAACAUUUAUCCAGAAAAGUUCUGCUUGAAUCACAAUUCAGUACCUGCUCUUAUUAUCCAGAGUUUAUUUGUAAUAGAUUCAGUAAUUUAUCUUAGUUUUAACCCCUGUAAACACCUAAUAUGGGGUGAAUGUAUUACUCAGUAAGGACCCAUAGGGCCAAUUUCUUAGACUCAAAUUAAGUCUUUAAAAAUCGGGUGUCGGGUCCUCAACGUACUGUUGAGCACAGGAGAUUGGUUAGUGGCACCUUAAUUGGGGAGGACGGCUCGUGGUAAUGGAAUGGUCAGUGGUGUUUGAUGCUAUUCCAUUUGUACCGUUCCAUCCAUUAUUUGGUUGUGCAUCAGCAGUCACUCAAUUAUCCCAUGUCAGCAUUUUUCUUUUUGUUAUUGGUAAGUUAGUCUAGCGGCCAGCUAUCUGAACUUGUAGUAAGCAUGGUCGAAUUACCGACCGGGGUGGGACC